AUGGCCACCAAUAUCACUUGGCACCCUAAUCUCACCUACAGCGAGCGCUCGGAGCUGAGAAAACAAAACGGUGCAACCGUUUGGUUAACAGGCCUUAGUGCCUCGGGAAAAAGCACCAUUGCAUGUGCCCUAGAGCAACUGCUUCUAAAAGAGGGUGUGUCUGCAUACAGAUUGGACGGUGACAACAUUAGAUUUGGCUUGAACAAGGACUUAGGGUUUUCAGAAAAGGACAGAAACGAGAACAUUCGUAGAAUAUCUGAAGUAUCUAGGUUGUUUGCAGAUUCUUGCACCAUUUCCAUCACCUCAUUUAUUUCGCCUUAUCGCGUUGACCGCGACAACGCUAGAGCUCUUCAUAAAGACAGCAAUCUCAAAUUUAUUGAAGUUUUCGUUGACGUUCCACUGGAAGUGGCGGAGCAAAGAGAUCCUAAAGGCCUUUACAAAAGGGCUAGAGAAGGUGUCAUCAAGGAAUUCACCGGAAUAUCUGCUCCAUACGAAGCACCAGAGACUCCCGAAAUUCACGUGGACACAGACAAGCAAACUGUCGAAGAGUGCGCUGAGCAGAUUUAUUUAUACCUGAAAAAAGAGUCCAUUAUUUGA